AUGAUAAAUUACUUUCCAGAGGAAGUAUUAGAGCAAGUUUUCAGUUUCUUGACAUCACAUCGGGACCGAAAUGUGGUGUCUCUUGUAUGCAAGUCUUGGUAUAAUGUCGAGAGAUUCAGCCGGGGGAAGGUUUUUAUAGGAAACUGCUAUGCCAUCAGCCCUGAACGGCUGAUCUCAAGGUUUCCUAGGGUUCGGUCAUUGACACUCAAAGGGAAGCCCCAUUUUGCAGAUUUUAAUUUGGUUCCCCGUGAUUGGGGGGGUUAUGUGUACCCGUGGAUUGAGGCCAUGGCAAAAGGCUGCACAAAUCUAGAGGAGCUUCGGUUGAAGCGAAUGUCGGUGUCUGAUGAGAGCCUCCAGCUGAUUGCCAAGUCUUUUCCCAAUUUUAAAUCUUUGGUAUUGGUCAGUUGUGAAGGGUUCACCACCGAUGGACUUGCUGCUGUUGCUUCCAAUUGCAGGUUUCUUAGGGAGUUAGACUUGCAAGAAAAUGAAGUUGAGGACCGCAGAGGUCAGUGGCUUAGCUGCUUUCCUGACAGCUGCACCUCUCUUGCCUCUUUGAAUUUUGCAUGCCUCGAGGGAGAAGUUAAUUUGGCAGCUCUUGAGAGACUGGUUGCAAGAUGUCGUAACCUUAAAAGUCUGAGGCUAAACCAUGCUGUAACUCCUGACAUUCUUCAGAAAAUUUUGGCGCUAGCACCUCAAUUGGUGGAUUUAGGGGCAGGUUCUUUUGUUCACGAUCCAGAAUCAGAAAUCUAUAACAAAUUAAAAAAUGUUAUGCAGAAGUGUUCAUCAAUUAGAAGCUUGUCAGGGUUCCUGGAUGUUAAUGCACGCUGCCUACCUGCUAUUUACCCAAUUUGUACAAAUUUGACUUCUUUAAACUUGAGCUAUGCUCCUGGAAUCUAUAACAAGGAGCUUGUAAAGAUAAUACGGAAAUGCAAGAAACUGCAAUGCCUAUGGAUUUUGGAUACAAUUGGAGAUAAAGGGCUCAGUGUUGUGGCAUCCACAUGCAAAGAAUUGCAGGAAUUGAGGGUCUUCCCAUCAGAUCGCAAUGGUGUGGGGAAUGCAGCUAUAACGGGAGAAGGAUUAGUUGCAAUAUCAGCUGUGACGAUGCAGCCACUUGACGAAGGUUUUGGGGCAAUUGUCCAGUCGUGCAAGGGUCUUAAGCGGUUGUCAGUCUCCGGCCUCUUAACUGAUCAAGUUUUUCUUUACAUAGGAAUGUAUGCCGAGCAGCUUGAAAUGCUUUCGAUCGCCUUUGCUGGUAACAGCGACAAGGGAAUGAUGUAUGUAUUGAAUGGUUGCAAGAAACUGAAGAAGCUGGAAAUUAGGGACAGCCCCUUUGGAAAUAAGGCACUUCUAGCAGACACGGGGAAGUAUGAGACAAUGCAAUCCCUUUGGAUGUCGUCCUGUAAGGUGACGUUUGGAGCUUGCAAGACCCUUGCAGAGAAGAUGCCAAGACUCAAUGUCGAGAUCAUUAAUGAAGGUGACGAGAUGGAGGGUGGACCUGAUGAUAGACAGAGUGUAGAAAAGAUGUACUUGUAUCGGACACUGGUUGGGCCUAGGAAAGAUGCACCUGAUUCUGUAUGGACGCUGUAG